AUGUACAAUGAAAACGAGAACGGCGCUGAAGAGCUUGAAGCUUCCAAACGGGAACUGGCCACAACCCAAAAGGAGCUGGCCAAGGAGAAGACGAGGGCGGACGAGGCAGAAGAGGAGUUGAAAAACCUUACACACAAAUUUCAAGAUGAGUUGGGGAGGCAGUCGGAGAAGGCAGAAGACAACAUCAAGACCCUUAAGACGGAAUUCGCCGAGCGGGAGAAGAACUAUAAGCAUGACCUUGCUGAUAAGAAGGCGCUUAAGAUUAAGAUGGUUAUGGAGAGAAAGCGGCCUGACACUGCUGAGGAGACUGUCAAGUACCUAUAG